GCUCCCGGCCGGGGAAGAACGUUCAGCUAACGGAGAACGAGAUCCGUGGCCUUUGCCUCAAGUCCAGGGAGAUCUUCCUGAGCCAGCCCAUCUUGCUAGAAUUAGAGGCUCCUUUAAAAAUAUGUGGCGACGUCCACGGUCAGUACUACGAUCUGCUGCGGCUGUUUGAGUACGGAGGCUUCCCUCCAGAGAGCAACUACCUGUUCCUGGGCGACUACGUGGACAGAGGGAAGCAGUCGCUGGAGACCAUCUGUCUGCUCCUGGCCUACAAGAUCAAAUACCCCGAGAACUUUUUCCUGCUGCGCGGCAACCACGAGUGCGCCUCCAUUAAUCGAAUCUACGGCUUUUAUGACGAGUGUAAGCGGCGGUAUAACAUCAAGCUGUGGAAGACCUUCACAGACUGCUUCAACUGUUUACCCGUGGCUGCUAUUGUAGACGAGAAAAUAUUCUGCUGUCAUGGAGGUCUCUCUCCUGAUCUGCAGUCCAUGGAGCAGAUCCGCAGAGUGAUGCGGCCCACAGACGUACCGGACCAGGGUCUGCUGUGCGACCUGCUGUGGGCCGACCCGGACAAAGACGUGCUGGGCUGGGGGGAGAACGACCGCGGCGUCUCCUUCACCUUCGGGGCAGACGUGGUGGCCAAGUUUUUGCACAAACACGACAUGGACCUAAUAUGCAGGGCACACCAGGUGGUUGAAGACGGUUACGAGUUUUUUGCAAAGAGGCAACUCGUCACUCUUUUCUCGGCUCCCAACUACUGUGGAGAGUUCGACAACGCCGGCGCCAUGAUGAGCGUGGACGAGACGCUCAUGUGCUCCUUCCAGAUUUUGAAGCCUGCAGAUAAGAAAUUGUACCCGUAUGGCGGCGGAGGAGGAGGCGUGGGGCUGGGGAGACCCGUCACUCCUCCAAGGAACGCAGCCAAGGCCGGCAAGGCCAAGAAAUAACAGCCGCCCAGGCUCUUCCCACCUCCUCCCUCCCUCCCUCUGUCGGCCCAACACCUGCUUUCUUUUCUCCGUUCCUCUCUACCUCCCUAACGUGUUCCUUCGUUGGCACUUAACAGCAACAAAGACAACCAGGGUUCAGUCAGGUCUCUCCUGAACGAAACACUUUCUAAGCGUUUGUUUUGCUCUUUGUGUCGUACUUCUCUGUGUGGCUGUGUGAAUAAAGAGCGUGAAUGAUCCGCAGCAAGUCGCUGUUCUCACCAUGUACAUCCCUUCAUCUCCUCUCUUCCUCUUCCCCUUUAUUUUUUUUAUGUAAAGACGAGUUUUUGUUUGUUUUUUGCCCGUUCAUCACGCAUGAAGAAGAGAGCUUUGGCUGUAAAUGAUGAGGCCCGGCACGGUUUAAUGCUAAGCGUCAGCUUUAGUCUGUCUGUGUGCUGGGGGGGGGGGGGGGGGGGGGGGUGACGGCACCGCGGGACACCGGUGGAUCCAACCGGGCGGAUCCACUACAUUCUUUUUUUGUUUUUCUUCCAUUUUCAGAACCAAUCAUUCAAGAUCACCAUCAUGGAUGUGACAUAGAUGCUUCUUUUUUUUUCUUUUUUUUCGUUCUUUUGGGCUUGUUUUUGUAGAUAACUGACACCAGAAAUGGUUUUAUUUUAUUUUAUUCCUGUUUUUAGCUCACUCAAAGCUGAAGAUGAAUAAAAGUAACCUUUAAUUUGAAGCGCAUCAUCAUGCUCCUCGCUUGUUUUUCACCAGUCGCUCUAUUUUGUUGUUACUUGGCUUAAAAAGACAAAAAAAAAAAAACUGUAGAUAUGAAAUGACUAAUAUAUCAGAACUAUUUGCUCCAGAUUGGGAACAUUUUACAUGCGGCUGCAGGAACAACAAAAGUUGCUUUUAUGUUGCUUUCUGUGAGGACCCAGAUGUUUGGUGGUUGUUUUUAAUUUAAUGAUAAUGGCAGUUUUCACCUUCAGCAGAUAAUCUCACACCAACAAGCACAACUCUGCACUGAACUGGGAACGCCAGGCAAAUCCUGUUUUUAGAGUCUGAGCCUUUCAGAGUGCGCGUAAAACGCUCAUAACCAGAAUAAUGUAUUUUUAAGGUACUCUUAAUGACUCUGUAGCCUGAAGUUAGAAGCAAAGUAAGAUUCUUUUUAUAUUUAAGCAAUUAAAACCUCGUCUGUGCCAUGUAGAGCAAGCUUCAUGACCAAUAAAGGAAAAAUGGCUGCGUUCCCAGUUCUGUGUGUCCUACGGGAAAAGAGCCAUACGCAAAGGAAACAGAAUAAAAGUUGUAUAUAAUCAAAUAACUGAAACAAAUGAGCUGUGACCUUGAGACGAUGUAUUGCUGGUAUUUCUGUCCCUAAAAGGCCCCGCUGUGUUUAUCUGACCAUACAGGAAGCUGUAACGGUCUUCAGGGGAAAUCUCUGUCCUCCUGCCCAUCGCUGCUGUUUAGAUGGAAAACCUGCAGCUUUCUGUAAAAACAACAAAAA